AUACUUCAUAAAGAAGAAACGUGAUUGAAAAAACUGAAAAACCAACUAAUUAAACAUUUAACUACAAGGUUUCGGCCUCCGCCUUCAGCAGCAACAUCAGUCUACCUCGCUAUUUCUAUCACGCUAAAAUAAAAUAGUGGGUUUUCUGUGGAUUUAAUAUUUUGUCUUCACUAACAGUCGUAUAAAAUAAUAAAUAAAUAAAUUGAGCAGAAUUUAGCCCCGUGGUUGUUGCGCGGUGACGCAGUACGCUCUUACGCAGCGUAGUAAUUUGCGGCGAGGACGUGGUUCACGCCUGGCAAUCCGCGUAGGCCUUUCUGUUAAACUUCUGACGGCAGAUUCCAGUUUGAGGAAGAUGUCUGUACCCCAAGAAGGAGCCUUCGGGGUGGAAGGACGCGACCCGCUCGGGUGUCAUUCUGAGAAGGAGGGAACUGACAUGUGGGACCCUGAUAAACUUCUGCAGUGUCCUUACGAUAAGAACCACCAGGUCCGCGGGCUGCGGUUCCCCUAUCAUCUCAUCAAGUGCAGCAAGAACCACCCAAAGCUGGCCCAGGAACUCAAGACUUGCCCUUUCAAUGCCCGUCACCUGCUCCCCAGAAACGAGCUGAGUCACCACAUCGCCAACUGCGUGGACCGGCGCGUCAUCAGUGACGACAACUUGGUCGGGAACGCUCAUGCUAAGAAGUGGCAAGUGCCCUUAAGCACAUGGAAAAACCCAAACUGUGAAGAGGACUGGGAUGAAGAAGUGGAUAACUCCUCCUGCAAGCCGUUUGUUUGGGGUAUUGAUACAGUUUCAAUCCUAGAAAGCAAGCCUGAGGCUAACGCAAGCAGCAGCUUGCCAGCAGGACUGCGGGUGCCUCGAACCCUACCCUGGAAGAACUGAGAGUUUUCUCUGGAAACAGCUGUUGGCCGUUCCCAUCUAGUGUUUUUUUAUUGUGUUUUUUUAUUAUUAGAAAUUGUCUUGGAUUUAUGGUAGGUUAAGUAGCUGAACUAAACAACUCUACUCUGAGAAUUAUCAUUUUAAAUAAAUCACUGGUUUGAACAUA